UGGGACGGCCACGUGACAGGGCGCGAUAGGGCGAGGAACGAUCGAGGCGGAUGUGGCGGGUCCUUAUCUCUCCAGACAUGCCCACUCAUUAUAACGCCGCCUUUUCCGCAGGUCGUCGUCCUCGCCACCAUGUCCUCCACCCUCUCGCGCGACUCUGUCGUCAAGGAGCAGCCCGCCGCUGUCCCGCCGCCCACCUCGGGCACACGGGCAGCCCUCCACGCACGCGCAUCCCACAUCUACGACAGGGUCACCACCCGCCAUGGCUGGCUCGGCGACUACGACUACGCCUGGCUCUGCAUGCCCACCCUGCCCUUCGCCCUCCCCGGCCGCUUCAACCGCAAGAGCAGACAAGUCGGCCCCCCCUUCUACGCCCUCGAGAGCGAGCUCCCCAUCCUCGUGUCCAUGACCACCGGCCUCCAGCACGCACUCGCCAUGCUCGCCGGCCUCAUCACCCCGCCCAUCAUCUUCGCAAGCAGCCUCAGUCUCGACGGCGAGACCAGUGCGUACAUGAUCUCCGCCAGUCUCAUCGGCUGUGGCAUCCUCAGUCUCGUCCAAAUGUCCCGCAUCCAUCUCUGGCGCAACUUCUACCUCGGCACCGGCCUCCUCUCCGUCGUCGGCACAAGCUUCUCCACCCUCAGUACCGCGUCCUCCGUCUUCGACAACAUGUACGCUGACGGCACGUGUCCGUCCACUACCGCUGCAGACGGCACCGUAACGCGUCUUGCCUGCCCCGACGCGUAUGGCUACAUUCUCGGCACCUCCCUCAUCUGCUCCUUCCUCGAGAUCUUCAUGGCCUUCGUCCCGCCGCGCACCCUCAAGCGCAUCUUCCCCCCCAUGGUCACCGGCACCGUCAUCCUCCUCAUCGGCGCGUCCCUCAUCGGCUCGUCCGGCAUCCCCAACUGGGGCGGCGGCUCCAACUGCGAGGGCCGCCCCACCACCGGCGACUACGUCUACUGUCCGUCCAACGCCGCUCCGCGGCCCGCUCUAUGGGGCAGCCCGCAGAUGAUCGGCCUCGGCUUCCUCUCCUUCGUGUCCAUCAUCCUCACCGAGCUCUUCGGCUCGCCCUUCCUCAAGAACAUCUCCAUCAUCGUCGGUCUCGCCAUCGGCUGCAUCGUCGCCGGUGCCGCAGGCUACAUUGACGGAUCGUCCAUCUCGUCUUCCCCUGCGAUCACCUUCCUCUGGGUCAAGACGUUCAAGAUCAGGGUCUACCCGCCUGCCAUUCUGCCCAUGCUCGCGGUGUACAUCUCCGUAGCGAUGGAGGCCAUCGGCGACAUAACCGCGUCGGCAGAAGUCUCGCGCGUCGCCGUCGAUGGCGAAGAGUUCGACUCGCGCAUCCAGGGCGGCGUCCUGAGCGACGGCCUCGGCGGGUUCAUGUCCGCGCUCUUCACCGUCGCGCCGCUCUCGCUCUUCGCGCAGAACAACGGUGUCAUCGCCGUCACGCGCUGCGCAAACCGCAACGCGGGGCGCUGGUGCUGCUUCUUCCUCAUCCUAUUUGGCGUGCUGGGCAAGAUCUCCGGUGUCUUCCUCGCCAUCCCGAACCCCGUCCUGGGCGGCGUGACGACGUUCCUGUUCGCGUCCGUCGCGGUGUCGGGUGCGCGCGUGCUCGCGUACAACCGCUUCACGCGGCGGGACCGGUUCGUGCUCGCCGCCGCGCUGUCGUUCGGGCUCGGCGACAUCCUCGUGUCCGACUUCCUCACGUACCUUUUUGCGGGCGUGCGCACGAGCAACAAGGGCCUCCAGGGCUUCCUCGACAGUAUCACGAUCGUCUUGAGCACGCCGUUCUUGAUCGCGGGCUUGAUCGCGGUGUUCCUGAACUUGAUCCUGCCCCAGGAGGAGGACCCGAAUGGCGACGACGACGAUGUCGUCGAGCGGGGCGUAGAGCGCGAGAUCGUCGACGUCGAGACGAUAGAGCGUGGGCACGACGAAAAGAAGCUCUAGAUGCGGAGUCGGAACAAUAAUGGAUAUAGGAGUAGAAUGGAUGUAAUGUCUUCUUAUGUACACACUAAUGAGAAGGUUUACAAUACUGUGCCGGCAGCCUCUGCUACACGUCCGCGGCGUUGACGUUCUUCCUAAAG